AUGAUAUUUUUUAAAGGAAGAAGUUAUAAUGUUUGAUGUUCAUUUAUGUAGCAGGAGGAAGGAGACCGCAAUAGAACUAUGGAGCUGGAAAUGUGGCAUGAUCUUGCUUCCAUCUACAUUAAAUCAUCUCAGUGGCAAGAUGCAGAGAUCUGUCUUUCCAAAUCCGAGGCCAUUAGUUGUUAUUCCGCUUCUCGAUUGUAUAUUUCUGGUUUUCUUCAGCAGUCGAAGGGCCUGUACAAAGCUGCACUAAGAGAUUAUACUAAUGCUCUAGCUAUUGAUCCAUGCCACGUUCCAAGUCUAAUAUCAACGGCGGUGGUACUUAGGCAGAUAGGUGACCAUUCUCCUGGGAUUGUUAGAAGUUUUUUGAUGGAAGCACUACGACUGGAUCGGACAAGUGCUUCUGCAUGGCAUAAUCUUGGCCUGGUUUACAAAGAGGAAGGUGCGGCAGUGGAAGCAGCUGAGUGCUUUCAAGCAGCUGUAGUUCUGCAAGAGACUGAACCAAUUGAACCGUUCAGAUGACUACCCUUUUGUACAUACUUUUUAACAGAUUGUUCAAGUCGCAACCUUGCUGCAACAAUCAUAUUCUGUUGGAGCUAAGAUCUUGUAGUUCAAUGACACGAGGGAAAGAUUUAGCGAUUUUGAAUCUCAAGUCCCGGUGCUUCCAAAUGAUUCACAAUGGAGAGAUUUUUUGUCAAAAGAGCAAGUUUAUUCUUUAGAUCUGAUAAGAGAGGAGUAUAGAGUUCGAAAUGGUAGGCUCUUACUUCCUAUAGCACAUGGUAUUCUACAAAACUUUCUUGCCUUUGGAUGUACAGGUGGUUCUGAAACUCACAAGUAUGAUACAUAUUUAUCCAUACAACAUCUUGCAAUACUCAGCUUAAGGAAUCUUUUAACCCUGUCUUUGUAUCCAUCUUGUGUAAUGUAUUUUUUUAAGACCUAACUUAACAAAUACACUGGUUAUGUUA